AUAAAUAUAUAACAACAAACCCUAGUGCAUACAUUGAAGAGCGGUGUCACUCAUAACAUAAAUAUUGUUGACCUUUUGUCACGAUGAAGUGGGAAAAUUCGAACUGAAUCCGCGAGAAGCUGUAUCCAUGAGGCACAAUGAGCUGCUUGGUGUUACGGUUGCACAGUCUGGACCUCCGCAGGUCUGUCUUGCCCCUGUAUUCCUCCCUCACACUGCGAUCCUUCAGCUCUGGAGCUCUCAGCCGCAGCUUGAGAGAGAGUUACCGUCUCCUGCAACUGCCAGAUGAUGGAGCCAGUGGCCCUGCAGAGGUCAAAGAGGCUUACCUCCGCAUGGCCAAACUCUACCAUCCCGAUUCCGGUGCUCCCACAGCAGACGCGGACCUGUUUUCCCAGAUUGAGGAGGCCUAUCGGGCUGUGCUCGCCCACCUCGCUCGGCAGAAGUCAGCUUCACAGUACACCCAAUCUAUGGAGGAAGACGAGGACGAGAAAGUGAAAGGUAAUGCUCCUCAACACAGACAAUACCUGAGUUUUGAAGGCGUUGGUUCUGGAACUCCUAGUCAGAGAGAACGACAAUACAGACAAUUUCGAGUUGAUCGUGCUACCGAUCAGGUCUUGGAGUAUCGACGCAAGGAGAUGGAGAAGGCAGCCGCAGAAGAAGGAGCAAUGGUGGCCCGGGAUGCACGUUUGCGCAGUAAGAAGAUUAAAAUCACUCAAGCGGUGGAAAGGCUGGUUGAGGAUCUCAUCCAGGAAUCAAUGGCUCGUGGAGACUUUCAGAACCUCAGCGGCACUGGUAAACCGCUCAAUAAGUUUGAUUACAACCCAUACAUGGAUCCAAUGACGCACAACCUCAACAGAAUCCUCAUCGACAACGGUUACCAGCCUGAAUGGAUUGUGGCACAGAAGGAGAUCAGGGAAAGCAUCUGUAAAAUGAGGGAGAGGUUGCAGGAGGUCAGGGCUAGGUUAGGGGAACCCAUGAGACACUCAGAAAGCCUCCAGUGGAAGGAGCAUUGCGCUGUGUUUGCUGAGGAACUGGCGAAACUCAAUAAGAAAGUGGACAAUUUUAAUCUGAUAGUGCCUCUUUUGAGCAGGCAGAUGGUGCAUUAUAGUCUGACGAGAGAGCUGGAGAAGAUACUGAAAACCGAUCUGCUGCUCAGGCAGGAGAAGGAGAGAGAAAAAGAAAGGAAUGAAAAGGAGCAGAUGGAGACGACGGAAAUGUCUCAGCACACCAGACAAGGACUCAUCGCAUGGAUGCAGAAUCUGCUGAAAUGAGGUUGUGUGUUGUUGCUAUAACUGUCAUACAGUGUGGAAUAGUUAUUGUCUUGUUUAAUUGAACAAUUGAAGAUUAAUAACAAUAAAUACUAUCAUGGUGAUAUAAA